GUUGGUAGGCCUGCGUGGAGGAGCCCCCUGAACAGCCUCGGAGUGGCCGCGUCCCGCUGUUGUCUCACGUUGUUUUGCUCGGAAAUACCAACCCCACGCUGUCCAGGGUGGGCAAGUCGUGAAGUGUUAUAAUAAGAAACAGUUUGAGUAGCCAUGGAAACACAAAGUGAGGCUCCCAAUGCCUCCAUGAACGAAGCCAGAGUGGAUGGCUGCAGUGAACCCCUCGCCAUUGGAAGCCAAGAAUGUGAAGAGUCCAGUUUUACCUUAUCAGAGGGGCUCAGAGCCAACCUGAAGCCUGAGGAGACGACCACCGAUACCAGAGGUCGUGACCCGCAAAUGAAUGGCGAAGUGGUAGUGAAUGGAGUGAAUGACGAAGAGGGAAAGGCGUGUCCCAUGAGGACGUGCAGCCUCAGCCCAGGCAGCGGGGCGGUGACUGAGCUGCUGCACCAGGACAGGGAUGAAGAGGAGACCAAUUUUGAAGUGUCUGAGCUAAUCAAGGAAUUUCUGAACCAGUCCUCGUACCUCGAUGAAGGUUUGAAUGGCUUGGAUUUUGUGACAGGGUUAGGUGGGAGGGCACUAGAGGGCCAGGUUGUGCCUCUCUACCUGGAGGGGAGUGAGGCUCGCAGCUCCACUCCAGACUCUGACUCCAACAUGAGGACAGCCAGUGAGGGAUCAUCCACUCCCACCAGCCAGCUUUCCGUUCCCUCCAGCACCUCCUCGGAUAACCAGGAGUUGAGGAUUUCAGAGAAAGAUGCGACGGAUGACACGAAAGCCAGUGGAGUGGGAUGCCAGUCUGUCGGAAUUUGUGAGGAGUUGUCACAGCAGGCAGGGAAAGUGAGUGAGGAAUGUGACGCCAGUCUGGGCAGCUGUCCCCAAACUUCAGGAUUUUUAGAGUCUUCACAGGAAAGUGAGAAAAGUGACAGUGGCAGUGAAGUAGCUCUCUCCGAUACCUGUGUCCUUGAAGGCACAGAUCGUCUAAAGGAAGACCCUGCCAGCACCGAGUCCUCUUCCACCUCCACGAGUAGUACAGAUGUUUCAUUAAAAGAAACAGAAGAAAGAAAAUUGGAACUUAAUGCUUUUGAUGUUGAGGUGAGUGGAACCUUAUCAACUCAAGACCUCAGAAAAAUAGAUACAAACAGAAUAGACAGUCCAAUAACCCCAGAAACUCUGUCAAGCCCCAGCAAACCUAACAGAGAAGAGCAAGCAGAACCUGAACCCCUGAUGCUCUCAGUUGAUGGUGACACAGAGGCAGCAGAGGUCAGGACAGUGGCUGCUGCCCUUGAGAACUUAUCUCUCAUCACUGUGGCUUCAGAAGACCAGGAGACUGAAGAUGACUCAAAGGAAUCAGUGAUGUCUUCCAGUUCUUCUGAAGACCCCAAGCAGAACCAAGUGACCCAGUCAUCAGAAGGUUGUGUUGGUGAUGUGGAAGAGAAGCCUCAGCGAGAUGGAUCAUCCAGCACCCAGGCAGAUGGUGCUGUGAGAGAGGCACAAUCCAGGCCUGAUGCAGAGGGAUCAGAGGAACACUCAAGCCUAAGGGAAAAGCUAUUGGAGGAAUGUAAAGAACAGAAGGGCAAGGGUGAGGGUAAAGAGUGGCCUGAGGUGCCCAUCCUGGAGGCCAGCCGAGAGAGACUCCAGGAGGGCGGGCAGGACAAGGCCGCAGAUGUUACUACCUCAGCGGCAAGCAGUGAAUGUGUCUGCAAGAGGCUGCAAGGUGUGGAGGAGGGAGCCAAUGUGAUGGUGGGUGUGUGGGCGGAGCUGAGGUCAUCCCUGCGUCAGUUACACCGCUCCCUCAUCCCUCAAGCAGCCCAGGGCACCACACAGCGCUCCCGACCCUCCCUCACUCGCAUCAAAGCCCUUGCCAACAUGUUAGUGAGCCAUGACGCCCAUCAGCUGUACCUGCGCCUGAGUCACCUGGCCCAUGAACUGUGCAUUGAGCUGAAGGUUCGGCUCCUUGCCACCAUCCACGAUUCCCCGUCACCCAGCCAGGCCUCGGCCUUCAUUCAGGGUGUGUGUGACUCAUACCAGUGGGUGAUGGGUGUGUGUGAGGCCCUCCACCCCGCCCUGGAGCGUCUUGACUCAGAGCACCUCAGCCGCUUCAAGCUUAACUGGGUCACUGUCAACAUGCACAUCUUCCACUCCACUAUCCUCACUGACCCAGAUGUGCAAGACUAUGCCCAUGUGUGUUGCCAGAAGCUGAGUGCAUCAGGUGAGGGUGAGGAUGUGCUAGGCUGCUGGGCGUCCCUGCACCGCACCCUUACUGUGGCAGAGGCAGUGUGGGUGCGUGCCGAUGCACUCCUCCAGGACUAUGCCGUGGAGAGGGCAGCUCUCAACACACGCAGGAGGCAGCUGUUGGCUGACUGGGAGCACUUCAAGGCACAGCAGAGGAGUCAGCACCACCAGAAGGCUGAGGUGCAGAAUGCUGCUGUAUCAUCUGCAACAGUUGAAGAUGGAGUUCCCCAGUGCCCCUGUGAAGACUGUGGAGCAGUUAAGGGAAGGGGCAGGGACUCACAGGGCCCCAUAGGAAGUCUUCGGGGACCAUUGUCCACCCUGGCAGACCCUCGUCCACCCUCCAGCUGUGAGUGCCACUUCUGCAAUGCAUCAACUGCAGCUGCUACACACGAGGAGCCAGUCCUUCCCCAGUCAUCAGGGAGCUCCUUGCCACCCCUGGCUCAGCCUCAGCUCUCCCUCUACCCCCACAUCCACAACACCCCACCUGGCAGUGAUAUAGUGGGGGGAGGGGGUCAGUCAAGGGAGGACCUGGGCCCCCUUCCCCCAGCCCCCACCACCAAGCCUCCCAUCACCACCAACCCCUAUGUGGGGAGUGACCUUCUGACAGAGCAGUUGAUGCGUGAGUGGGAACUGGUGUAUGGGGACACUCUGUCACCCCCUGGCUCCCACCCUAUCCUGCCCCCACCUGAGGCUGUCCUCCCACGCUAUGAGGGAGAUCCAUCUAGCCUGGUGAGUGGUGUGGAGACCCUGCGUAUCAGCACCUCCCGCCCCCUCUACACCCGCACCAUGGUGGAUCCCGCCCUGCCCUAUGUCCCAGACACACACACCACUGCCCGCGCCCACACCACUGUCCUGCCAAGCUCCACAGCCACCCCCUCCCCUGCCCCGUGUCAAGCAGGUGGGGGGAAGGAUCCACCCCACAGUGUUCCGCCAGGCUGUGAGGGUGGGGGAACCAUGGUGGGGGAGGGUGGGGGUGGUACACGGUGCUGUCCAGCCAGCAGCACUACGAAUACCACCAGUGUCAUCACCCACACACGUGCCCACCACCCACACACCACAGGCGCGGGCCACAAGGGUAAAUGUUUGAAUGGUGGAGGAGAGCGUGGAGAAAGAGCAAUCAGUAGAGAAAGUGGGUGUGAGAGUGAGUCCAGCGGUGGUGAGGAGUGGAGCAGUGGGGAUGAGAGCGACUCCUCCACCACUGUGUCCUCCACUCAUCAGGACCCCCACUGUGACUGCUGCUACUGCCACAUGCUCCACCACAAACAGGGCGGGGGGAGGCAGAAGUACAGUGACCGGAGGGACAGGCUGCUGCAGAUACUCUCCAGGAAGAAGAAGGCUCGCAGUUCUUCUGCCAUGUCAUCCUCAGGGAGUUCGGUGAACACCAGUGUGUCUGCACCCCAGGGCCCCUCCAGCUCCUCAGCCAGCCGUGGCCGGGAGCUGCCCAUGGGCGGCCAGAACAUUGACAAGAUCAUGGACUUCAUUGAAGGGAACCAGAUGGACGAGGCCAAACAUGCUAAGAAGGCAGCCAAGAAGGCUCGGCAGAAACAGAAAAAGAUGGCAAUAAGAAGAGAGGAGGAGAAGGAGGAAGAGGAGGAGGAAGAGGAAGAAGAAGAUGAAGAUGAGGAUGACUACAACAGGAGGAACAGCUGUGAGGACACCCAGGAGGAUGUGGAGGAGGAUGGGCCCCUGGCAGAGCUGAGACGGCGUGCCCCUGACGUGACCAUCACUGUGGUGCGGCCAGGACAGCAAGCCUCCAGACCCCCCCCUCCCCCUCAGGCAAAUUCCCAGAGGCAGCGUGAUCCCUCUCCCCCACAUAUGGACAGGUGUAAGCCUCCACCUGCGAAGCUUGUCCCCUCCCUAAGUCAGCCCUCAGCAGAGCCCAGCCCUGCACCACACUCUAGCUCUCGCACCAUCCUACACCCUUAUAGACAGUCCGCACAGCCCAGCCGCCAGCCGCCACACCAGACGCCCCCUGCCCGACACCCCCAGAACUCUUCACCGCAGCUCAAUGGACCUGCUGCCAACAUGCCUAGACCUCAGGAGCCCCAAAGCAAGCCUGGUGCCGCUGGAGGUGUGAGCAGCCUAAGUAACAUCCUCAAGGGCAUGGAUACAGCAGCCAAGGAGAAAGACAAGGGGUCCCAGAUGGUGACCAUACGCAGGGUGAUGGAUCCCAACAAUGCCGAGCCCACCGUCACAAUCACACUCAAGGGAGACCAGCCGGAGAAAGACAAGGUGCUCUUCAAACUUGUCAAUGGUCAGGCUGUGUCAGGGAAUGGUGGCCGUGGUGGACAGGGAAAUAAGAAAGGUGGGGCUGGAAUGGGAGGCAGCAGUAAUACUGGUGGUGGUGGUGGUGGUGGUGGUGGGGGUGGAGGAGGAGGAGGAAGCAGUAAUGGUGGUGGAGCUGCUGUUGUCCAACCUGCAUCCCAUCCUGAGCCCCCUGAGGCACCCAUCCCUGAGGGGCUAGACCCAGAGGAGGUGAAAAAAUACAAGAAGAAACAGAAGAAAGAAAGACAAAGGCUGAGAAAGCAACAAGAACAGCUGGAGGAGCAGCAGAAGGGGCAAUUGCAGCAGCUGGAGCUACAAAAGCAGCAGGAGUUCUUGAGGCAACAACAAGAACACAUUUUCCAGCAGCAGUUGGCUUUGCAGCGACAGCAGGAAGAAUUACUGAAGCAGCAGCAACAGCAGCAGCAACAACAGUCUUCUCAGUCUCAAGGCAACAACAAGAAGAACAAGAAGAAGGGCAAAGGGACCAUAGGUAGCACCACUUCAGCCAGCACCAAUGCUAACAAUGCCAUCAGCACCACCACCAAGGGCAGCAGUGCCAAGGUCAGCAGCAGCAGCAGCCAGAAUGGUCGUGUGUCAGCAGUGGUGUAUGAUGGAGAUGACAUGGCCCAGUCUUUUAAUUUACCACCGGGGGUCACCAUCAACAGGGUGGAGGGCCAGCCAGGCAUGGUGACCAUCUCCAAUAACAUGGGGGGAGCCUUCUCCCAGCCCUUCCUGCCCAAUCCCAACAUGUAUCCCAGCCCCAUAAUGCAUGGCUUCCCCACUUCUCAGGAGCCACCCCUCCCUAAACCCUAUGGCCGGCCCCAUGCCCCCGGCUUCAGUUGGAACACUGCACUGGAUGGGGGUGGCAGUGGUUACCCUGACAAGGAUAAUGUCAUUGUUGUGGACACCAACAACAGUUUCCUGGGCACAAACUCUGCUGCUGCCACUGCUGCCACUGCCACUGCCACAGCUGCUGCUGCUGCUGUCUCCAAGAGGGAGCUGUCUUCAGAGGAGAAGGUCAUGAUGGCAGUGGAGGGGCGGAUAGAUCCUAGCACUCUGAAUAUGACCCAGAAGAAAAAGUUUAAGAAGAAGAAGAAGGAGCUGCAGGAGAAGCGAGAGAGGGAGGAGCAGAGCCAGAGGGAGGAGGAUGACCUGAUGGACCAGAUGUACAACCUGGCCACAGGCAAGUGGCCCCAACAACAUGAUGCUUCGCACAAUCAAAUGCAGAAUGGCAAAAACCAAACCAAGAAGGCCACUAAACAGAAGGAGAACUGCAAGCAGCCAGUAACAGUGAAUGGCUCUUGCAAGCAGCAGGUCACCAGCAAAAACAAACAGCAGCAGCAACAGCAGCAGCAGCAGCAGCAGCAGCAGCAGCAGCAGCAGCAGCAGCAGCAGCAGCAGCAACAGCAGCAGCAACAACAACAACAACAACAGCAACAACAACAACAACAACAACAACAACAACAACAACAACAACAGAAGACACAAGACACAUCACAAAAGCAGAAGCAUCAAGACCUUGUUAGACAGAACAGUAAAAACAACAAGCAGGGUAACAAAGACACAGCUCUUCAAAACAUCACCAACCAGCAGACCAAGGGCUCAGCAGUCACUAGCAUAGGAGGGAAGGUGAAGCAGCAACAGCAGCAACAUCAAACACAAUCUCAGAAACCAUCAACACAGUCAGGUCAACAAAAACAGCAGAGUCAAGUAAAGCACCAGCAGCAACAGUCCUCACAACAAAAGCAACAGAAGGGACCUCAACAGCAGCAUCCACAAAGUAAACAGAGUCAGCAGCAACAAAAUCAGCAGAAGCAAAGUCACCAACAAAAGCAGCAAACACAACAAAAGCAGAAUCAUCAACAACAACAGCAGCAGCAGAAACAGCAGCAAAGUGCACAACACCAGAAGCAGAACCAGGAGCAUCACCAUGUUCACAAUAACCAUCACCAUCAACAACAGCAUCAACAUGUACAAGCAAGUCACAACCACCAGACAAAGCUUAUCAGUCAGCAGCAGCAACAACAACAACAAAGGCAGAUACAACAACAGAGGCAGCAGCAGCAACAGCAACAACAACAAACUCACACUUCAAGGACUCCCACCCAACAGAAGCACUCCUUACCUAGCUUCAGCAGUGUGAGGGAGAGCCAGGGUCUUCCAGCAACAAGCAGUGGAGGGCAGCGGGGAAAUGGCAGCAGCAGCAGUCUCACAGGGAAGGUGGCAUAUGUCUCUCAGGAUAUUGCCCACGAGGCCCGCUAUGCCCAGUACCUCAAAGCCAAUGCAAACACCCUGGCCAAGAUGAGCUACACCACCCAUAAUGGGGCUCUGGUGGCUGGGGAGCGGCCAGCGUAUCACUGUGGCAGUCUCCAGGAUGAUGACAAGCGGACCCCACCAUCCUCAUCCUCCUCGGGAAAGAGAAGGAAGAAAAACAAGAAGGGCAAUCUGGAAGACCUCACUACCAUUGACAGUGUGUUCACCCCUAAGGAUGUGGCUGAGGGGGAGGUGGAUGAGACUGAGCGGGAAGUGGAGGCCUUCAAACGCUUCUGCUUCAACAAUGUGCCACUUAACUCUGGCGAGAAGCCCAAGGUGAACAUCAACAUUAAGGACAUCAUGAUUAAAAAGCGUCCCUGCAAUGGCAAGCCUCUCACAGGCUGAGGGCUCGGUGACAGCAGCUGCGGUUUUAUUGACAGUCUUUUCUUUCCUAUUUUUCUUUUACUUUUCUUCUCCAGGUGAAAUGAAGCUUAAGAUGCUCAUUUGGAUUGUUCAAGAAAGGAGUUGGAACCUGGAAUGUACUUUUUCCCCAUAUAUCUUCCACAUCUCAGGUGUUCAACUCCAGCACUAAUUGUUCCUGUACCUUAGAUUUCAUUUUACUUUUAUACUUGCAUGCCUUAAUUUAAAUUUCUUUUUUACACUAAAAACCUGACUGUUUUUAAACUAAUCGUGUGCUAGCUUAUCUUCCAUCUCGUAGACAGUAAUUAAAGAGUUCCUCAGAGUAUUGAAACAAACAGAAGACUAUCAUCUUGUAUCACUUUAAGAGUAUCUCACGCACAUCAUCACGCCACUGAAGCCAUUCACAGCAAUUCUCACAUCCUUCAUUCACAUUGUCGCAGGACUUCUGAAAAGCAACUCCUGUCUCUCUCUCUCUGUUUCUCAUACUGUCUGAUAGGAAAGAAGCAUGGAUUGUGAAGCUCAGCACUGGUCAGCACUAAUAGCUGGUGUCUUGGCUGGGGAUGUGGACUGCUAGUAUAUGAAAGCUCACUGUAAAGUUACCAUAAAAGAACUUGCAUCACUGGAGGUGCAAAGCAGACUUCAUACUCAAGAUAUUUAAUGGUGCUGUUUGAUACCCUAAUAACUUGGGACCUGACACUUGUGAAGAAAAUACUGAUGGUAGUUGUUCUAACCUCCUUUAAGUGGACAGAGUUGGUUUGUGAGGGUGGUGGUGAUGCCUUGCAAGUAUUUAAUUGGUUCCAGCUGGUGUGGGCUCUGUACCUUGUGUUGGCAGUGGCAGCCCCAAUCAAACAAUGCAGGGGUUCAUCCUCCUUACUCCUUUGUUACUCAUGUCAUCUCAUACUAAAGGUUAUAACCAGUGAUGCUAUCUUUCACUAAAAUUAUCUCCCAAUCUGCCCAUUGUUUAUUAUCACUUAAAUUCUGUUAUUAGGAUUUUUCAGUUAUUUAUAUUUUAGUCAUAGUUUUCAAACAUGAAUAACUUAGGAGUGUGAGAGCGAAGUCCUGACACAACGUCUUGUUCCCUAGCAUGGCUGUGAAUUCUGUACGUGGUUAGUCUGUCAAAAGAGUGGAAUUCAGCGUUGCAUUGUGUUAGGGCCGUCACUUGCUGUCGGUCCUAUCAAACUGUGGUUGCUGGAUCCUGGAAGAUAAAGUGUUGCCCCAGAGCACUGGAACCCAUUCAAGACGAAGCUGAUUUUGCAUGAAUGUGUAGAUUUUUAUGGAGUUUCUAUAUGUCAUAUAGAUAUAUAAAGGGUAUUGAGGCCCCAUGGACGGAGAAAAGCAGGUCAGUGCUGUGUGGAAAAGUUGCCCCAUACACUCGCUGUCAUCACUGCAGCUUUGUGAAUAUUGCCUAGUUAAGAAUCUAGAGCCUGUUUUUAUGUAGACUACAACAGUGAGCCUUUAAAUGAAAAUAAAUGAGUGACAAACC